UGUUAGUAAUUAUCAUUUUUGAAAGUCAAAAUUUACAAUGGUUAUGACAUUACUCAAACAAAAAAAAAUAUAAAAAGGUGUAGAAUAAUUAUGUUGUUAAAUAAAAACUACAUUCAGGCUCGUUAAAACACGAAACGAUUAUCCUAACAAACUGCUGAAAGAAAUACUGGAAUUUGUUUGACUCACAGAAGUUUUAAAAGAUGGUAAGUAAAAAGGAGAAGUCUUCUUCUGCUAAGACAGAAAAAAGUUUGAAAACUGAGAAGCCAAGUGCUCUUCCAAUAAAAGUAAUCUCGCAACCGACUGAGAAUGUCAGUAAAACCAAAAAAAGGUCCAGUGCAAGUCCAUCCCGAAAGAGCCCAUCGAGAAAGAGCCCUUCUCGAAAAAGUCCUUCUCGAAAGAGUCCUUCACGUAGCCAGAAAUCCCCUAUUGAUAGUCCAAAAAAAAGUCCUAUUCUUAAAGUAACUGCUAGAAGAAGCAUAGGUGAUAGAAAAAGUCCAGCUCGUCCAACAAAAUCGAGUCAAGGGUAUAAGAAAUUUAUUGCAGAUACUGACACUGAUUCCGAUACUGCUGAAAUUUCUGCUAAGUUAUCUGUUGAAAAACCAAAGGCUGCUGUACGGGGAAGGGCUAGAAAUAUUGACAAUGAACAUCAACCUGUAAAGGGUAUGAUCGAGAUUAUUAGUGGUGCUGAAGUGGAAUCAGAGGUUGGCCUUGUACGUCGUUCAGCACGUAUAUCUCAACAACGUGAAGUUGAAAGAAUUGUUCAUGUAAAACAGGAUUUGUUUGCUCAAAAACUAGCUGAGUUCUCUGACGAUGACGAUAUUAAAAAUUUUAAAUAUUCAAAUUCAGAGAAAAUGCUUUCAAUGUUCAAUACACCUGAUCGUUCAAGCACGUCUCUUGACCGCGUUAGCGAAUCAAGAAAGUUCGAAAAGUCAACUAAUGAUUUGAAAAGAUUUGACUUAUUGGAUAGAUACGAAUUUGGGGGUUCCAUUGGAGCGCUGGCUCUAAUGUGUUUUAUUCCCGUUACGGUUUAUGGUAUCAAUCUAUCUUGCAAUCGAAAUAGUUGUUCAUUUACGAAAAUACCGGAUUUAGAAAACUUAAAAAAAGUCUCAUCUUAUUUCGAUUUAAGUGCUUGGACGGCUUUCUUUGUUUUUGCAUUAGCUUUAAUGAUUUCCAGCGCUUUGCCUUUCGGCGGUAAAAAAGUCACCGGAUUAUUAAAUAAAGAAGGCAUAUUGGAGUACAGAAUGAAUGGCUUAUUUUCAGCCAUUAUUUUGUCCACAUUAACUAUUGCUUUGAGUAUUUAUGGUUUUCCGGUCGUUCAAAUUGUCACAGAAAAAUAUUUCCAAAUGAUAACUGCUUCUUUGAUAUUUGGUAUACUUUUGUCAGUAAUUUUGUACCUUCGAAGUCGUCACGUAUCGGUCAGCGCUCUAAAUCCUCACGCUGUCACUAGAAGUCAUAUUUACAAUUUUUGGAUGGGGCGUGAACUUAAUCCUCGUUUCUUUGGAGUUGUUGAUGUCAAGAUGUAUCUUUACAGAUUCGUCAUAAUUAGCUCGCUGAUUAUAAAUGGGAUCUUUCUGUUCAAAAAAAUGCUUCCACCAACACCAAUAUCUAGCGUGUCCGUUAUGAAAAAAAUCGCAAUGUCUCCCACUGCUUCGGUACUUGCGUUGUUACAAGGUGUUUACCUCCUUGAUGGUCUCCUGUUUGAGUCUUCAUGGGUUACCAGCUUUGAAAUUCAGUACGAAGGUGUUGGCUGGAUGCUUGCUGUUGGUUAUGUUAUGUACCCCUUUAUGUCAACGACGAUACUCAAAUAUGUUACUGAACAUAAUAUCGAACUGCCCUGGUUCCAAUUAGUUGCUGCGAUAAUACUGUUCGUAAUUGGUUACAUUUUAUUGCGAGGAAGCAAUUCCCAAAAGGAUUCCUUCAGAAAAAAUCCAUAUGAUCCUUCUUUAUCACAUUUGGAAACGAUACCGACAACACAGGGCAAGAGACUCCUUGCAUCAGGUUAUUGGGGUUGGGUGCGUCACCCGAACUAUCUUGGUGAUAUUCUUAUUUUGAUAUCAUUUACAUUUUUCGUAAAAUCUGUACCGCCCCUUCUCUUUUGUCUUUUGAACAUUUUGUUCUUAAUAUCGCGAGCUAGAAGGGAUGGACUACGCUGUAAGCAACGUUACGGCGCCGCAUGGGAUAUCUAUUGCCAAAGAGUCAAGUACAUUUUCCUGCCUAAAAUAUACUAAGCAGUUUGAGUAUUUAUUUCUUGCUUCAGUUUUCGUUUCAUUUACUUGAUACAUCAUGCAUGUAGUUAUUGAAAAUUUUAUACAAAUGAAGUACAAAAUAUACCUAAAUAAGCUACCAAUUACCUCUAAGAGAUUACCUUUAGUAAAAGGUUCAAAGGUAAAUAUUCUAUAAUUUUGUGUAUUUUAUGUUUUUAAUGCAAUGAAUGAGUUAAGAGUAUUGCUUAUGCAAUGCUAAAAAAUAAAGUUUCUGUAAUUACGGGGA